UCUCACACGAAGAAGAAUGCCAACACGAAGCUUUCGAUUUUAUUUCCCAUUUCCAUUCCUCGAGGAUUUAUUGUUGUUUGAGAAAAACUACAACUAGUUCAGUUGACUGAUCAAAACAAUAUACGAUAAACGUUGAACUCGCAAGAUAUUAAACAGAAAGGAGACGGAAAGUUGCUACCCGCGUUUGAGCCUCUUCAGAAGUGUCAUUUAUCAACGAGAAAUACUGGGUGAUUUCUGUUGUUUGCCCUGGCUGUGGUAAAGGGGGAGUAAUCACAAUUAAAACAUCAGGUUUGUGAUGGCAAUAUCUGAAUUGUGGGCCAGCACCUGAAACAAGGCAGGCCAUAUGUAACGACGUUUACAUCAUUGUAUUAUGCUCAAAUGUCACAUUUUUCUACAGAUUUGGGGAAUUGAUGAUUGAAUUGACAAUGAAAGACUUUUAAGAAAAUAUUUUUAUUAUUUUUGGAAUUUUCUAUUUUAUUGAACUUGUUAGAGUUGCUAUUUUAGAAAUGUUGUGAGCAGGUGUGGCUUUUUAUUAAAUGUACAGAUUUUCCCUUGUUUUAUAGCUGCUGAAGUGAGAUUGGACUUUAUUUCCAGUAGUCAAAGUUAUCAUAUUUUGAUAUCUUUUUUUAAACAUCUCACAUAAUGAGAGAUAUAUCUCACAUGUUCCCUGUUUCCUAAACGAUUGAACUUCAACUCAAAAGAGGCUACAUUUGACUUUGUCAUGAUGGCUUAUUCAAUGGACUCUGUGCUAGAGUUAACUGGAGGAGAUGCCUUCAUCUGCACAGAGUGUGGUGAAGGGUUUAGUCAGUACCCAAAACUAGUCGAACACAUGGCCAUUCAUGGCCUUACUGAGAUAUUUUCUUCUGAUGGUUUAAGCAUUAGUAAUGGAAAUUGUAUCAACACAUCCAUUGAGGUUGCUCUCCAUGAAAACGGAAUGCUCACUGUGGUGGAUCGAUCUGUGUUGUCCAACUUUACUUUCUUGUUUGGAAAACCAUCAACCAAGUCAUUAUGGUCCCAACCUCCUAAUCAAGAAGCUUCCACUUCAUCUAAGAUGCCCAAGAAGGAGUAUACUCAGUUUACGUGUGAAAGAUGUGAACAAGUGUUCAAAACUCCACAGAGCUUACAACAGCAUCAGCAGUACCGUGCCCUUGAGCAGGGGUUCAAAUGCACUCUGUGCUGCAAGGUGUUUAAUGACGGGGAGAGUCUGCAGAGCCACCUUCAAACCCAUGCUCAUGAACGCUUUUAUAGUUGUGGUCACUGUGGAAAGCGGUUCUUAAGACAAGAGACCUUACUUUCACAUCAAAAACAGUGGCAUGCAUCUGAUGGUUCCAAGACCUUGAGUAGAUCUGAGGUAAAUCAGGGACAUAAUAUGGACAGGUCUUAUCUUUGCAAAAUUUGUGGCUCACACUUCUUUUGGUUGUCUGACUUGCAAAGCCACCUGAACAGUCAUACUCGCAUCAGCAGGCCAUCCAGUGAUGUAACACAAAAACAGGAAAUGCUUGGGGAAGAAGAAAGUGAGAAAAAUGGAAGUAAUUCAAUUAAUGAGCCAUGUCGUUGUGGCCUGUGUGGGGAACAUUUCAACCAUAUUUCAGAUUUAAGAGAUCAUCAUAAAAAACAGCAUCCAGAUGAGGAUGAAGUAAAGGACUCUUCGGGUUUACCGGCUAAGAUGAAACGGCAGUGCCAUGGUGUAAUGCGACAAAUGCAAGAGCAGAGAGUUGAUCCACUAAGGUCAAGCAUAAGAGGAAGACCUAGAGGAGUGAACAGAGUCAAUUUUAAUGGUGAUAUAUUUUCCUGCAAACUCUGCAAUCUUGCGUUUUUACACUCAAGCAGUCUUUCUCGUCAUAUGCGUUACCAUAAGGGAACUUUGCAUGCCUGUGUUCAUUGUGGAAAACGCUUUCCACAAAGAUGUGAUGUCACAAAGCAUGUUGCCAUGUACCACAGUUCAGCGAUUCAACCUAGGGUUCCUGGGGAGUCAAAGACCGAACAUGAGGUUAAAAACCGGGAUCAGGGACCUGCGAAAGCAUUAACACAAACAAAAAGUCAUGGUGAACAAGAAGAACUUGAAGAAGAAAAUCAGCCCACAUCCAAGACAAAUGAUCUGUUACUUGGGUCUCCUUCUAAAGGAACUUACAAACAAAGGAUGGAAUACAAAUGCAAAGAAUGUUGUAGAGUCUUUGGGCUACUUAGUGUUUAUCGGCGACACACUUAUUACCACAAGAGAAAUCCAUGCAAGGUUUUGCUCCAUUGCCCCCUCUGUCCAAGCCGCUUCACAUUCCGCUCUGCUUUAGAUCGCCAUCUUGAAUAUCAUCAUAAAGUAGAGUCUGAAAAUGAUGGCACAAAACCUUCUGAGACUAAUAUAGUUGAUUCCGAAAGUCAGCAAGGAGAUGCUGAAAAGCCUAAUAAAAAUGAUGAUAAUGGCAUGUUGUAGGAAAUAGUAAACUAAUACACUGUUUUCAGACCUAGAGAUCCACAAAAUGACCUAAAGUAUAUGGACACCCUUAUCUAAUUAACAGGUUUGGCUAUUCCAGCAGUUUCUGUGAAGACAAAUAUAAAUUCUCAACUAUAAAAUGGAAAAACUGUGCUUUCAAUUUUGUUUCAACAGCAAGGACCCUUUUUCUAUUCCAGCAGGGCAAUGAACCUGUGCACAAAGAAAUGGUCUACUGUUUCUUGUGUUGAAGAAAGUGAAUGACAUGCACAAAUCCACUACUGGGAAUAUAUUGGGAUGGAUUGGGAAAGCAUACUGUGAGCAAGAAUUUAUUUGCUUGAUGUCAUUGCCUGACUUUCUUGAUGCUCCUGUGUCUGAAGCAAGUACCUGUAACAUUGUUCCAUUUCAGAAGAGUGGAGUUUUGUUAUAGCUGCAAAAAGAGUGAUUAAUGUCAUACUUUUUAAAAUAAAUUGGCUGACAAGAGCGUCAGAGCGUCAUUAGGUAUGUUUCCACUGUCGGGCCAAAAGUGGGCAUACUAGUGCGUGCCUGGGCCAGUCACUUCAGGGGCUUGAUUGUGCCUCAUUGGUGCUUCCUCAGGGCCAACGGCCAGGGUUUUUUGACCCGAUGAUAACCUUGGGCCAGAGCAAGCCAGCUUGGGCUGGAGGAGUAGUUAUGAACAAAGGCGGAGUUUCUCCGUGUCUGGAGAGCGUUAGCGCCACAGAUCAUUUCAUAAAGCUAACAGCUAUAACACCAGUAUUAAAAACUUUUUAAAAUAAGUUGAGCUAAAAACUCACUUUCAGUCAGCAGUGAGGGUUUGAAAUAACUUGAUUCGAUGUGGAUUAUAAUCAACAUACCAGACAGAAAUAUUAAAAGACGCUAGGCAUUAACGUUACCCUAGUAAAAAUGUGACUGUCAGCUUCUUAUUCUUUGUCACAAUCAAUUAUUUAGUAACCUUUUUCUUCUGUCAUAAGUCUCAUCUCGAGAGUCAAGCUCUGCGUAGCCUAUGUCAUAAAAAUAUAAUAAUGUUUUUGGUUUGAGAGCUUUUAUAAAAAUAUAGAAAUGAUUAUUCUUUCUAAAUGUGAUGUGUAUAGGCUACGGAGACUACAAAGAAACUGACUCUACUAAAUAAGCAGGCUAUCUUCAUAACACUUUAAUCAGGAUUGAAAAUUAUUCACAGAAAUGAUUAAUUAUGAUGCAUCACCUUAUUAUAGGAAAACAUUGAUGCUUUUGGAUUUAAACAUUUAGUUCCUGUGACUUAUUUCUUAUUAGUUUUCUGAUAACUUCUCUUUGUCGGUGAAAUGAUGGCAUUGCGUGACGUUGUUUCUGAGAGGCGUGUAAAGUGCAGGUUUUGGUGAAGAACAGCGGAGCUUCUGGCCCGACAGUGGAAACGCAGUGCUAUUUUGGCAUCGGGUGCUACAAGGGUCCGAGGCUCUGUUCAACUCACUGCCCGCAUUGGCCCAACAUUUGAAAAGCGGCUAUUUACCCCAAAGGCAUUUAUGCCUUCAUGCAAACUGGAAAAUGGCCCUCCCCACAUAGUUGCAACAGUUGGAUGCACAUAAUUCUCAAGUAGAUCAUUGAAUAAUAUGGUAUUAAGAUCACAAUUCUGAAUGGAAUGCCUGGAGAAAAGCCUUUCUAAUAACUUGGAAAUUAGAGGAGAGUGUCUAAAAUGAAGAUUUUUGAGUAUUGUACAUGUGUAACUUUUGGCUCCUUUGAUGUACAAAAUUAAUACUGUUGUGUCAUGUUUGUUGCAUUUGUUGUAUAUAAAAGUUUCCCCCCAAAAUUCUAAUUUGCGUUUUCCAAUUUUUGGAUAGGAAAUUCAAAUUCUUAUUCAAAGUAGGUGUUGACACAGUAUGCAUUCACAAACCAACGGGGGGCAUAUAAUAACCUUUAUAAUGACCAGAAUGUUUGAAGCUGUACUAUUAAAUAAAUGAACUGAUAAAUUUAGAGCAAAGCAGAAUUUAUUAAGCUUGCUACUCAUGUCAUUUGAAGACUUUGCUAAAAGUUGAUUCAAGAACACAUUUCUGCAGUUAGGGAAGUAUUACUUUAAGCUAUACUUUUAUUUUUUUAUAACUAAGUGUAGAUUAGUUAUAAAAAAUAACACAUGAUUUUUUUUUUUUUCCUAAAAGUUGUAUUUUGUGUUUUUUAUAAGUGGUGAUGCAAAACAUUAUGAUCUUAAACAUCAGUAACAUUUUGUCUAGCUAGUUCCACUUUUUUAUAAAUAAAGA